AUGUCUCAGACAUACGCUGCACACUAUCCCGCAACGUCCAGCCAUCGUGCGCCGUCAUACUCCGCUACACAGGCAUCCUCGACGGCACCGCGUCGGAUGUCCGCGAUGUAUUUGGCUGACGAUGACUUCCACGAAGUCAUGCGAGCCCUGCGAGCUGGCAGUCUGCGACCCGACGUCAUCCUCCGUCCCGGGCAGAGUUUGUACGCGCUAGGUCUGGUGGACAGCCUUCUACUUCUCAGUCACGCAUACCUGUACGACGACCACUACGCUUCCAUCCGAUUUGAAGCGAUGACAGUCAAUACACGAUACGGCCCACCGAGUGCGCCGCUCGCUAUGCAUCUCCACUCGUUUGUAUGUGUCCUCCCUAUCCUUGUAUCUGUAUAG